GCGAAUGGUAUAAACUAUCAACAUUCAGGACUUUUCAUUUUUCGUUUGUUUUAUUCACACACUGAGGAUUAAAACGACGAUAACUAAGGACUUUUGCACAUUUUGAGGAGUUAAGAAGACCUGCCCUGGACGAGGAGUAACCAACCGUAGAAACAGUCAAUCACACAUAGUAAUGGUAGCCAGGAACAUCUUCUUCACCACAUUCUUCCUAGCAUUGGCCACUUACUUCGUCAUAGCUGCGGAGGACAGUGCAGAGGAAGUAGUGAAAGAGGAACAGUGGGUGGAUAAGAAGUUUGACGAGCAUGGUGUGCCUGUGUGUGUGAAACCUAAGCCGUGCAAGGGUAGGGAAUGCAAAACGCCUUGUCACAAUGGUAAAUGUCAUAGGGAUGGAAACUGUGUAUGUGACGACUGCUGGGAAGGAGAGACGUGCAAUGCCUACAACCAGAGUCAAGAAUGUACUGACAAGCUUGAACGAUCUGUGCCCGAGGAGGACCGCCAACAUGAUGAGGACGAACACGACAUGGGGGAUAAUCCGUAUACGGAGAACGACGAGUCCAGAAUCCCCAAGAGGAGACGAAAGAGGAGCAAAAAGAGAGUCAAAAGGAAAGCAAAGGUCAACGCGCCCUACUCAAAUUCGAAGAAGUUUACGUUGACCAAAACGGGCAAGCCUGGCACCAAGGCAACAGAUAUAAAAAUUGGUUCGAAGCGUUCGUUUAUGCUUAAGAUAAAGUUUCCUAAGAAGACACAGCAAGAUAUGCUUGUCGAGCUUUUCACCCCGGAUAACGAGACGACCAUUAUGGAGUUAUGUAACGUUAGAAUUUCUCACAUAGGCGACCUGAUUACAAAAGAUGACGGUACAAAGCUAUCAGAUUUGCCCAUUGUGUACGAUGCAAGAUUUGGCGUGUAUCCGUUUGACCGUGCUAUCAUCAACAUGGGCAACCUCUCAUGUGCCAGUGGGGCACAAAAAGGGGAGGAACAAAAAAUUGAGGUCCAUAUCGAGUUUGAUGCGGUCAUGGUGAACUGCAAGGAACAGGGCAAGACGUACUGGGUCAGCGCGGGCGCGGAAUACAAUAACGAGAAUGAGAUAUGGGUCGGACAGGCUUCCUUUAAGACAAUAGGCUGUCCUGCUACCGAUUUGAUAGAUACUACCAGACAGCCAGCCUUCACCCUAACGAACCCGUAUUCGUCAUCGGGCCUGAAAGUUGGCGAGUCGGGACAGAUACUGUUAGAGAUGCAGAUUCCGCACUUCCAAGUUGAGGUGGCCAUUGAUGCUAUUGCACCCAUAGACAAAUGCGGCGUCUUGUCCAUCUGUGGAGUCCUGGUCUACAGCUCUGGCACGAGCUACCAGUGUGUACCAAAGAACGUAUUCCAGUUUGUCGCCUUCAGAGACAAAUGUGGCAAAUGCAACGGUCGUGCAAGGCUUGACUUGGGAAAGGUUACUAACGCACUUAAAAGAGGAGCUGGCUGGCUUUACGAUAAAGAGGACACGAUCAAAAUUGCCGUUUAUGUCCAGUUCGACAAGGCGGCAGCUCUGAACACUGAUUUCUGGCUGGGCGUCGCCGUAGAGAUGGGAGAAAAAACCAUCUGGACGUCACAAACCAAACUACAGGCCAAAGCCUUUGAUAAAACCAUAGCAAAGGACAGUACUCCAAAGGUCGGCUUCUACGCUACGUCUUCAGGGAGUGCGCCUGUCGGAGGUGCCAUUUCUUUUAUCCUCAAUAUAACAACAGAAGAGCUGAAGACAAGUGACUUCUCGAUAGAUUGCCUCAUGCCUUUUGAGACAACCGCUCGCAUGCAUAUCUGUAAGAUGGAGGUCUGCGCUAACGGUUGGAACGUCCCGUGCGUCGUGCCAGAAGAUCCCGUAUACUCGUCCCGAGCGACACCGAAGGACAGCAACAUGGACCGCGUCCUUCUGAAGUUAGGCCAUGUCACCAACCAUGCAGUUCUGAGUAAGAACGAAUCCGCGAGUACCAUCUCAGUAUGUCUCUACGCAAGUGUUUUGAAACAUGCUAAGAACACUGCUAAUGCGAAAAUGUGGGUGACGUGUGGCUUGAAUGUGGGAGACACUAAGCUGUGGGUCGGAUCCAAGGAAAUAACAGUCACUGCAGACGCACCCAGUGCUACACCGUUUGACGCCACUAAAGCACCAAAGAUGGAGCUCAAGUACGGGUACGAGUCCACGGGCACGGGUCUCGUCGUCGGAGACUACUACACGAACUCUCUGGCCGACGUCCGCUUCGAUGUGACAUUGAAGCCACAGUACAAAUACGACCCAAUGGACAUUGAGGUGAUAUUGCCUUAUGAAGCCAACGCUCCUGUCUUUAGCAUUUGCCACGUAGAGAUCCUUUAUGCGGGCAAGAACCUACCUUGCUUCCAACGGGCUGCGAAGAAUGAAACCUUUAAGCUGCUUUCAAAAUCCGGUAAUAACCUGACCGCCCCAGAUCGAGCCACGAACACCCUUGGAAGCAUGUACUGUGUGAAUAAUGGAAACGACAAGAACGAGACACAUGAUAUGUUUGUUAUACGGACGGUAGUCAAGAUUGAAGAUCACCCGACAACCAAGGCAACGCCAAAGGCAUUUCUCAGUUUCGGGAUCCAGUACCAUACGACAGCAAUCUAUGUUGCACAACUUGCUCUACAGGUUAAAACAAUAACCAACGCACCUCUAAAUGCUGCACAAUCUGCCCUCCUGGUUGUUCACCUGAAGACCGCUGAUGGCACAAUCACAAUCAAUCAAGGAGAAUCCAAGAGUCUCUUACUCGUUGUGAAAUUCCCGCCGCAAUCAACAUCUGAUUACGAGGUGAUCGUGGAGGUGGACAAUAAUCAGGCGGCGAUCUGUCAAGUAGGUGUGAAGAGCCUUGGGCAUAAUAUGAAAUGUACGAAAGUGGUAGGCGACCCGACAUAUGAAAAGUGGACCGAUGGAGACAAAGGCAACAAGAAAGCUACAUUCAAGCUGGGAAGAAUCACAAACCCUGGUGGCGAGAAGUUGAAUGGUACUGAGCCUGAGAAAGCAGCGAUAGUCUUCGAUGUUCCAGUGAAGGUGUCAGCGACAGUGACACCAGGCACUGUGAUAAGCGUCACUGCAAAGGUCACUUACUUCGAGGAUACAACACCGAAGGCGAAAGCUGCUACCCCUGUUGGUCUGAAGGUGGGGGCCGCCGGUGCAAUGAAAACAAAGAAUGGUACCAGGCCUGAUUUCAAUUUCGCCAGGGCGCCUAUGCUGGAUGGCAAUGACACCACCCCGCCGCCAUCCACCGUUGUCCCAGGGCAACAUUUCCGAUGCUUCAUGGACAUCACACUGCAGCCCGGUUCCUGCGUCGGGCUCACUUCCAAGUUCAUGGGACCGCUUGGCAAGGAUGGAGUCAUGGACAUCACGGAUAUACGUGUUUGGGGCAUUGGAAAGAGUAUGCCUUGUACUUCCUUGAACAGUGGUCCACCGGAGGUGAUUACAAAAAGGUCAGGUCAGAAGUGUAAGGACGUUGGCUCCCUGAACAUGGGCCAGAUCUGCUCAUUUGCGAAAGAUGGCACCCCAGCGAAAUACAGAAAGAUCCGUGUUGAAGUGAUUGGCCGGAUUCGCAUCGCGAAUACAUUGAAAUCUGGCGAGAGUUUCUGGUUCAGCUCCAUCAUGACGGUUAAUGAUGAUCAGCUCUAUGUCUCGCAGAUUAAGAUGCAACUGGCGCCGAUCGCGUCCUUUGUUGAUGUGGAAAACCCCGACUUAUCGACGAAUGCGAGUAUGUAUUUCGACACAGGCGUGACCCUCCUCACCAAGAAGAUCCAUGAGACGUUCACGUUGCCAGUGGUAGUGAUGGUGCCUGUAAACUCUACUUGUAAGGCCAAUAUGGACUUCACGCUACAGAUGAAUGACACGGCCACUAUGACCCUGAAGGAAGUGAAGAUUGUAUCGAGCGGUGCCAAUUUGAAGGGGAUGGUUGAAGCGGGUAAUCCAGAUAAAUAUAACAUAACAUAUAGUUCAACUCAAAAAACUUCUCAGAACGACAAGGCGAUCAUCGGUCCAUUUAUUGUGACAAAUUCCGGGAUCACUGACCGGGAAGGUAUAACCGACAAAGCUGACCCAGCAAAGGACAAUGCCUUCACAGUCGAGCUUACCAUUCAAAUGGCAGAUGCUUUGAAAAAUGCCAACAAUGCCUUUGUCUGGGCCAGCGUUGGGGCAAAGAUCUGCAAAUUCAUUAUUAUUGCUGACAAGAAGAUCCAAGUUAUUCAAGAGACUACUAAUGUGCCAAUCUUGGAUGCUACUGCUACCUUAGACAAGACAACCAUGAAGAAGGGGGAGACGGUUACGGUGUCAGGAACGAUGAAGCACGAUGAUAAGUCCAAGGCCGAGUGUCUGACCACUCAUCUCAAGUUCUUCAUCCCAGGCUUCAUGUACUACAGCGGCGGAUUCGUGAGCAAACUCGCCACAGACCAGGUCAACUUCACCGAGAACUAUUUCACCGUAAAGUGGACACGAUUCCUAUUCACUGACAACACGACCUUCAGCUUCCAGCUCGAGAUCAAAACGGACGGUACCCUUCCGACGGAUGCGGACUCGGGGAAGGUCACAAUUCCAUACGAGCCUGGUUGUAACAUGCACCACCGGAAUAACAAUCCGGCGUCUCUCGAAUUCAUACCAUCGGAAAUGAAGUCGGUGUCGCUCACGCUGACUGGAAUGAAAGGUCCACCUAAAACAUGUACGCCGAAAGAUCUUACCCUAAACGACAAAAAUGCUAUCAAGGACUGUCAACUGUCUUGUUCUGCUGAGGUGGACAAGAAUUUCCCGGAUUGUAUACGGAAAUCUUCGACAACUGGUUGUAAAUUUCCGAUGAGGAAGGGCGCAGAGAAGGAGAGAUACGUCCAGUUCUUCUUCUGGGAGAAGACCGUCAUAUCUGGGCUCAUCUUCUACAAGCCUUCAUCAGCGACAUGUGAGGUCACCAAAUUUGUUGUCAAAUACAGCAACGAUCUUAUGGGAUGGGUCGAAGGCACCGAAAAUACUGUGGUAGCAUAUGGGGCUGGUGGAGCGGAGACCCCUGUGUCAGAUGGAGAAUCCGGCGUGGCCAAGGCGGUGCGUGUCUACCUGAUAGCGGAUAACUGUGAUACGGCGGCGAAGGUGUUGACCAUCAAGAUGGACCUGAAGGGCUGUGAGGACUCUGCGAACAAACCUGCUGACAGAUCGGAUCCCUGCACUUACAAGCCACUCAGUUGGCAGACGAAGGAUUCGGCAGCGGACACCACUUAUGGUCAUCGUAGUUUCGUGAUUGGUGGUACGGGUACUCCCUCCAUUUAUUACUGUGACGCUAACCCAACUAAUAAGCUCCAGAUGAAUUGCUUUUCUUCCUCGGAGGCUGGGGGAACAUCCGCCACAAAAAGAAUGUCCAACAUGGUAGCGCAUAUAACCGGCUACUACUCAAAAUACGGCGAACUCUACGCCAUCGCCCAAAACGGCAAGGCUUACCUAAUGAGCGAGGAUGCUGGCUUGUCAUGGGUAACAAUCACGAAAGACCGAUGGGGCAAGUGCGCCUCAGACCCUACGUGUGCCAAGGCCCAGAGUGUCCCGUGGGAUGCAACCAGCACCAGCAGCGCACCCAGCUACAAACAGAGCAUUUGGGGAGGUAGCGCUAGUGGCCUCUGGGUUCAGAAGGGAUCUAAGUGGGAACAGGUUACAGACUGGACAACCUGCUGCACAUAACUCGGCUGACAUUUUCUAGGCCGGCGCGAAAAAGUUGAGGGGAGAAUCCCUUCGGACAAGACUUUGAACAUGCUUUGUUUUGGUAAAUGUGAAGUUUUAACCACCUUGCACACCUCACUUAGGCGACAGAGGGUUUUUUAAUACGAUGUGACAAUAUCGUUUACUAGAAUGAGGACCAAGUCGGCCUACCGAAGUGAGAAAACAACUGUACACAAACAUGCAUAGGCCUAUCACCCAAAGUUUAUCAGAACACGAAGUUUUGAUAUUGUGAUCUAAAUCAAGAUUUGGUCUAACAUUUGGCUGUGUUUGCAAUGAUACUUGGGCGAACCAAAUCCAAGUUUGUGUACCAUUCACAAGAACGUCGCAACGACGUUUAAGUUUUAUUUUGAUCUGGUAAACAUUGCAAGAGUUCUUGUUAUAGUUAUUGGUGUUUGAUAUAUGAAUAUGACCCUCACUAUACUUUUGACUCUCAUUGGCCCUUGGUCCAUGAUUGAUAUCUGAUGGUUCGUGUUUGCCCUCACAUAUAGUGCACACCACCGUGCCUUUGUCAUAAAUGCAUUCAGUGUUCACGGCGCUGUUGUUGGAUGUAGAGCGAUACAGAUAGCGGAGUUUGCAGGUACUGAUAUAUACUCCUUGCUCGAUCAGGACCCACUACCUAACAUAGUUUUCCAAGGUUCCCCAAACAUUGUUGGAAGCAAUGACAAUUAGAAAGCCCGUUCCGCAGAAACAGUUAGUUGUUAUGUCCGUAUUUUUCUUUGUAUUCUACUGAAUGAUAAUGUUGAAGUACGGCCAUGCCACAUUGUAACAUGAUGCCAGUUUGUGGCGGCAACUCUAGUGCAGAGACUCGUCAGCCAUCACUACUUGUGUUUCGAAGUGAAAACCAUAUGGUGUUUAACCCCAGUGGUAAGCAGAUGGUUUCCGUUGUCACAACCAGUUUUGCAAAUUCACAAAGAAAUUAAAUGCAGAAUUGGGUCGUCUCGGCAAGUUUUUGUCUUCGACGACCAUCAGAACCAGACGUCUUUUUUGUUUUCCAGCUUUGUUCCUUAGACUUUCAUGUGCAAUGAAUUAAUCGUGAUCGAAGCAACUGUUGGUAUAUACUUAUCAUGUUCGUGAAAAUGGUCCACGUCCGCGUGCCAGUGAUAACUAGGGAGUUUUCGUAAGUCUCCUAAAACACCAACAGGAACGCCAUCUCAAUGUGUGGUACCCUGAGCAUGAUUUCGAACACUGGGACAGGCGCUGGCGUUGCAAAAACUCCUCAUUGACCUCGUCCCUAUUUGUUUUGGCUUUCCACCAAUGUUGUACCUACACAUUUAUAGCUUGUAUACAUGUAUAACGGGGACGUGAUAUUUUGAUGCUUUUGGGGUGAAUCUGAUCUGUCUGAUCAAAGUGUUGUUAAUCAAAAUGUACAUAUAUUACACCUUCUUACUCCGAAUAGGUCCAUUGCAUUAUUCCAUCAAAGUCUGGAGAUGGAGAAAAGUGAUGAACCUGGUGAUAGGCAGGUUUAGCAACCCUUACGAAAACGUCAGAGUACGAACGACGAAUCACAUGGAUAUAAAUGUAUUUUAUCGAGCCUUUUUAAGGGGAUUCCUGACUUCCCGUGCUACUAUCAAAGUGCGAGUGUCAUGAAUGAACUAGCGCCAACUUGAUGACACCACAGACCUUCGUACUUCGCACUUCUUCGUUUGUAAGGGUUGCGAAAUCUGUCAAGAUGAAUCAAGGCAUGAUUGAAGGGGCGGGCCUCGAAGGAUUGCCCUGCUGGCACUUGUGAUAUUUAGAGUGUCCCUCACUGAUGUCGAACGUCAGACGGCACAGCGAUGUUAUGACAAGGGCUUGAUUGGUUGAGGGUUGGAGGGACAUAUUCCCAUACAGCAGUGUUCGCACAUCGUUUGCACUACAUUUGUGCCAUUUCUGUGUGCUGCACACUGGCAAGAUGGCGACAGUAGCCGAGCUGCAGUGCCUUUUGCAAGGAGUUUCGGUGUGCUGAGGCGACUGUCAUGCGCGUUAAGGGAUCUUACUCCUGACCAGAACUGUUGUAAAGGUCCAGUAAGUCAAUGGCAGUCCCUGUACCCUGCAGUGUAUACGGGUUCCAGUGGGUUAGUGGUUUUGAUGUUGUACUUAUCACAUCACACAUGACCGCUGAUAAAGUCUAUGUAAAAUAUGGUCCAUGUCAAAACUGAAAUUUAUAUGCCUUUUCCUUGGUUAAAGGGGUGGUUCACUAUUUCUAGUGUUUUGUUUAAACUAUCAUUGCAGAGACUCUCAGGGCAUUGAAACUAAGCCUCUUCACCAUGUUUUCGUUUGUAAGAUAAUUCACCGUCCAUGGUUUGAACUGCUGAUUAGAACUCCCUCUAUUGAUAUUUUCUGAACUAUUUCCCGCCGAGUAAAUUUCUAUUGUUUGGAAUUACUGUACACCGAUUUCAAGUCCGUCCAUUGUUUUAUGCAUUGUUGUACUAUACAGAUGUUUAUUUUGUUAUAUCAUUUUGUAUAGGCCUAUACCAAGUCUAUUGCCUGAUCAUGAGAUAUAUAUUUGGAGCCCUGUGUGUUAAGUUUUUAAUAUAUCAAACAUUUCUUUCAUGAACCAUCCCGCUUUGUUGAAGUGUGAGUGUUGUUUAAUUCUAUUUUUUAAUUGUUGAUCAAUGUGCUAUUAAUAAAUAGUAUUUGUGU